AUGUUUCAUCUCGAAAACAUAGUCAAGACUUAUAAUAGUAAAUUUGAUCAUGCAUUAGUUAUGUCUGAUUUAAAUCCUUCUGAUCGUCAAAAUUACAGAUCUUGUGAAAAGGUCAGUAGCGAUGAAGUUUUAGCGAUUUUAGAAUCGAAUGAUGAUACAUAUGCUACAUUUCUUUAUAUUAAAUUACUUCGUUACAUAAUUGAUGCAUUUAUAAACAAAGAUUUCUUACAUCGAGCAGAAAAAUUGACAAUAUUACAAAAUAUCAAAGCUGUUCAAGAUCAAACACGAUAUUACCAACUACAAUUUCCUAGACAUCACAAACAUAAAAAAAACAAUGAAAAAAUUUUAAUACUUAAUCAGAGUCUUACUGUAACUGAAAUUCAAGCAAUAGUCUUACAAGCUUUUGAACAUGCAAAAGAACUUGUAUCUAAAUUGGAUAUAAAUAUUUUAUUAGAAGAAUAUAAUCUAUUCGAAUUAAAAGCAUUAAGUUUUGAAACAUACAACAGUUUGAAGAAGUCAAAUCGAGUAAUCGACUCAGCAACAUCGGACACAUUCAUGGACUCUGAUUCAGAUAAUGACAAUACUGAUGACUUUAAUAGUAAUGAUGAUGAAGAUCAAUUUCAGUAUGAUCUUUCAAUGAUAAAUGAUGAUGAUGAUAUACCAGAUAAUAUUCUGCAGUCAGAUAGAACCGAUUUUUCUGGUAUGCGAGUAUUUGAUUCAAUCGAUCAAGCGCACAAAAAGUCAUAUUUUGAGGUUGAAAUUAAUGGCAAAAAUAAAUUUUUACAUAAACAAACGGCAUGUUGGUACUUAACCGAAGGAAAAGGUCAUUUAUCUAGUGACCGUCUGUCGCGUGUGAAACAGACAAGCAGAAAAAACUGUUAA